AUGGCUCCCCCUCCACCUCUAACGACCGACCGCUGGCCCCGCCAAGGCCGCAUCGAGGUAUACUCAGACUCAUCAUCAGCCUCAUCACAAGUCAGCUCCGAUUCAUCAGCACCAGAUGAAGAGACCGACUACACCAUGACCCGACGCAUAGGGCAAUGGCGCAAUGGCAUAUCCCAAGGCGAAGAACAAUUCUACUACUCCGUCCUCGUAGAAAAUGCACUAGCAAUGGCAACCCAAAGCUUCGAAACGAACCGCCGCCAAGGUACAAUCUUCCUGAAAGAAUGGAGCCGGCGCGACAAGAUCACACCCUGGCGUGGCCCGGUAGUCAUCCUCGACCAAAUGGCAGAUGACUUCGGGCGAUACAAAGAUCUUGCAGGACCGGAGACAGGUCGCUGCUUUCGACUGAAGUGCGAUGCAAUCAGCGAAACGCUUCUUGACGUGUCGAGUCUGAUCCGGCAAAAUCAAGACAUUAACAAGGUGACUGCAUAUUUCCUAAAUCUCCUUCGUCUAUGCAUUGGCAGAAUGACACUUUGCGGAUACGAUCGUUCUGAUGAAUUUGCGGAGAGGAUGGCGAUGGAAUGUGAGUACUGGCAUGAAGAUGUAGAAGCUGGAUGUAAAUGGGACUAUGAGAAUCAUAGAGCAUUCCAUUUAAAGAGCUUCCUCGCGUUCAUGCUGCGUCAGAAAUUUGUAUCCUGCUUGUCUUCUACCUAUCGAAAUCUCAACCUUCGUAUCGGAGAGCUCAGCAAUCGACGCAAUAUUUGCUCUCAUGCAGGCCUCGUCUGCUUCCUCCUCGUCCUCUUCAUCGGGAGACGGUCUCGCAUGGUUCAGAAUUUCUUCAAAGCGCACGCUGCGGGAUUUUAA